AUGUCUGGUUUGUUUCCCAUACACGACCCGCGCGCGCUGCCACGUGCUGAUAGCAACUGGGUGAAAGCAGAGCCAGUCCUCCGCCGGGCGUGCGACCGCUGCCACGCGCAGAAGCUGAGCUGCCAGCGCCAUGACGACGGCCCCUGUGUGCGAUGUGUCAGGGCAAGCGCAACAUGCGCGUCGAGUCCUUCGAUGCGAAAUCGCCGCGGGAGGCCGCUGGCGCGCCAGUUAAAUUCCGCCCUGGCCGUUCCUCGCCCCGAUUCAGGUAUCGGCAGUUCCCAUGCUACCCCGUCGGAGGCUCCUGCAACUUCAAGUGAGGCAGCGGACAACCUGCACCAGGCAAUGCAUGAUAUGCCGGAUGCAUCCAGUGAGAGACACAGCUACCAAUUCUUUGAUGGCGUCGAAACGACAAGCUGGAUCGACGGGGCAACCCGCCAAGGCCAUGGUAACACUUCAGGCUCUUUCAUCGGACUUGGCCAUGAACCUAGCUCCCAUGCGUCUGACUCUUCCAGCAUCAACUGGGUGAGCGCUUUCUCUACUGCCGACUUUCGACAAUCAUCGAUACAACGAGCCGCAUCUGCAAUGGGCGGGGACAAUGUCUGCAUCUUCCAGCGACUUGUUGCCGAGACACCCAUGACCACCCCAGCCAACAGAGGGGACGACGACAUGCUCCAAAGUCACGAGCAUCAAUCCGCAAGUGGUUCGGUGCGCAGCGUCGACAGUUCUCACACCUCAGGCACCUUCACUGGUUAUGCCUCUCCGGCAGUUCCAACAAGUCAAGGACAGGAGCAGUCCCCUGGCAAGGCCGACGGCGAAUGGCUGCAAAAGCUUGCCGAGAUAAACAUCAAGCUCUUCAACCACGCCAACCAGAACCCCAACCAAGACUUACCCCUGAACAAGGGCUCCGACAACAGCGGCCAGCCAGCCACCAUCAACGAGUUCGACAGGACAAUCGUGCUGUCAGUGCACUUCCUCAAGGCGCUGCGCAAGCUGCACGGGACGAGCAGCCGCGACCUGCCUAUGCACACGGCGGCAGCGACACCGCCGGCCCUCGACGCGGGCACGGCGCUGAUCAUCUACUCGUGCUACAUCCGCGUGACGGAGCUCUUCAUUGACCGGCUGCGCGCGAUACAGGGUGCUUUCAGCGCGGCCACGGCAGCGGCUUCGCAGAGUAAUCGCAGCGCUGUUCCGCCUCUGUGUCUCCCCACCAUCACGGCCAUGACGUGCUCGCUCGACGACUUCCCCGUCCUGCAGCUACGCAUGGCGCUCGAGCUGGUCGAGGAGACGCUGGAUGUCAUGGGCGCGCUGCUGGUGGGCAUCAUGUCAGUCGCUGCUUGCUCGCGAGGAGACGGCGUAUGGGAUUAUUAG